AUGGAAAACACAACCAGAGGUCUGACCAACCAGUUCGUGCAGCCUCCGUGGCGCGUCGCGCUGUGGUCGGUGGCUUACAGCACAGUGCUGGCCGUGGCGGUCUUCGGGAACCUGAUAGUGAUUUGGAUUAUUCUGGCGCACAAGCGGAUGAGGACUGUCACCAACUAUUUCCUGCUGAACUUGGCUUUCUCUGACGUUUCCAUGGCCGCUUUCAACACGCUCAUCAACUUCAUCUACGCGGCUCACGGAGAGUGGUACUUCGGGCAGGUGUACUGCAGGUUCCACAACUUCUUUCCCGUCACCGCCGUGUUUGCCAGCAUCUACUCCAUGACCGCGAUCGCCAUCGACAGGUACAUGGCGAUCAUCCACCCUAUGAAGCCUCGUCUGCCUGCUAAAGCCACUCUGGGGGUCAUUGUCUGUAUCUGGAGCUUGGCUGUGGUUCUGGCCUUCCCGCUCUGCUACUUCUCCACCAUCCGAACUCUGCCCCAAAGGACCGUCUGCUACGUGGCCUGGCCCCGCAUGGCUGAAGACUCCUUCAUGUAUCAUAUCAUAGUUACAGUUCUGGUCUACAUACUGCCCUUAGUGGUGAUGGGCAUCACCUAUACCAUUGUGGGGGUGACACUAUGGGGAGGUGAGAUCCCUGGAGAUUCAUCUGAUAACUACCAAGGACAGCUACAGGCCAAAAGGAAGGUGGUGAAGAUGAUGAUUAUUGUAGUGGUUACCUUCGCCCUCUGCUGGCUGCCGUAUCAUGUCUACUUCAUCGCGACGGGUCUCAACAAGCGUCUGAGCAAGUGGAAGUACAUCCAGCAGGUUUACCUGUCCGUGCUGUGGCUUGCAAUGAGCUCCACCAUGUACAAUCCCAUCAUCUACUGCUGCCUCAAUAGCAGGUUUCGAGCUGGUUUCAAGCAGGUUUUCCGCUGGUGCCCUUUUGUCCGGGUGUCGAGCUACGAUGAGCUGGAGCUCCAAAGCACAAGACUUCGACCGUGUCACCAGAGCAGCGUGUGCACCAGCAUCCUGAGCAAAGACAAGAGCACUCGUGGAAACAGGUCGAAACCCAACUCUGAGCUGAAUAAUAAAGACAGUUAG